AUGACUUCUCGCAGAUCAUCCAGUGCAACAUCAUCUCGGCUUGAUCAGCAUCCAGAAGUUAGGAAGAAAGCGUUGUCAGUUAAUUCUUUCGCUCUUAAAAUAUUCCCAUUCUUCUCCGUACUACAAAGAUCAACGUUUUCAUAUAGGGCAAUCACAUACAUCACGCUUCUAUUUGCAAUAAUUCAGCACAUUCUCAUAUCAGUUUUCCCCAAUCUAUAUGCAAACUACCAGAUUGACCAAAUUAUAGCGUCUAUCUUUUUGUUUUCGUAUCCAUCAUACAAUACUACACAUAUUACUUUAGAGAUUAUCGUUAUUGCAGUAGGAUACGUAGCCCUUUUCUUUUUCAUUGCAACUGUUAUUAGAUACAAAUUAAAAGGUACAAUAACUAAGGUCGAAAUAGCCGCUAUGAAUAUAAUAAUGCAUUUCUUCAUACCUCUUGUGAUUCUUCCUUUAUCUUCAAAUGCCGGUUCCAUUCUUACAGCCAUGAUCAAUCAACUUGCGUCAACGCUAUCAACAAUAGUUCUACUUUUACUUACGUUCAUCUUGUGGGCUUGUUUCAUUGGAAUUUUUUACUUUUCGACAUUAUUUUCUUCCAGUACAAUCUUUUUCCAUGAUUCUGUAUGCGUUUACUUCGAAUCCAAACCGAUCUUCUUUACAUAUCUCUUUAAUUCUUUCUUAGCUUUUUUGAUCUGGAUUUCGAAAGAUUUUAAUGUCAAUUUUCCAUAUUUCGUUGGAGCCCUCAACAUCGUUUUAGACUUAUUUUUGCUCUUCCUCAUAUUUAAUUUCCCAUUUGCGUACUUAUACGUUACAACUAUUGCUGCGGCCACAUUAACAAGUUGCAUCUUCGGUUCCAUCGGUUUCUUUAUAGGCGGAAAUCUUGGUUAUCUAAGAUAUGUACUUGUUUUGGUUUCUUUUCUGAUCAGUUCCAUAGUUUUCCACAUAAUUCUCAAAUUUGUCUCCAAAAAGAUUAUCCGAAAAGAAGAAUUUGUUAAUGACAGGCUUGCCAUAAAGCAACUUAGAUUGGCCGUAUCCCAAAACGAUCCAUCUUUUAUCUCAGGCAAAAUUAUUGAAAUGAUUGUACAAGGAACAAACAAUUACACGGUCAGAUUAGAGGUUGCCAAGUUUGUUUGUUACUUCCAAGAGCUUCAACCACAGUUUACAGCCCAAUUAGCGAUGCUUAGAAACGCAACAAGUUUGUCGAUGUCAGAAAGUUUUCUUUUUUAUCAACUUAGAAUAGCAGAGACCGGCAGACAACCACUUUGCACAGUAGAUGAGUUGAUGCCAUUGAGAGAUGAAACGAAGAAACUGGAAAUGACAAUCAGAGCCGCUUGGAAAUACAUCCAGAAUAAUAAUGAUUUCUUCGCACCUUCGAUUAUGGAGCCAAUCAACCGUCAAAAGGAAGAUUGCAUGGGACAUUGA